AUGUCAAGCAAGAAAUCGAGCGCUUCAUCAUCCAACGCAAGUGUGAUUGAAGGCCUCUCUCCAGCCGAAGCCAAAGUGAGAGCAUCCAGUGAGAUUGUGAAAGAGCUUUUAAAGGCCUAUGAAAACAAUGAAACCGUAGUCAUGUCCAAAGUGAGAGCCAAGAUUUCCCGAAAAUAUAAAAUCAAAACCGGACCAAAAUUGGUUGAAAUUAUUGCAGCCAUUCCGGAGGAGCAUAAAGCCAAGUUAUUGCCUCUUUUGAAGGCAAAACCAAUUCGUACUGCGAGUGGUAUUGCUGUGGUAGCAGUGAUGUGCAAGCCUCAUCGAUGUCCUCACAUUGCCAUGACCGGUAACGUUUGUUUAUAUUGUCCAGGAGGUCCCGAUAGUGAUUUUGAAUACAGUACUCAGUCAUAUACAGGCUACGAACCAACAAGUAUGAGAGCUAUUCGAGCUCGUUAUAAUCCAUAUCUUCAAACAAGAAAUCGUAUCGAUCAAUUGAAGAGACUCGGACACGAUUGUGAUAAAGUGGAAUUUAUUAUCAUGGGUGGUACUUUUAUGAGUUUGGAUAAGGAAUAUCGUGAUGAAUUUAUUAGAAAUUUGCAUGAUGCUCUCUCGGGCCAUACAAGUUCGAGCGUGGAGGAAGCAAUCCGAUACAGUGAACAAAGCAAACAAAAGUGUAUUGGUAUUACGAUUGAAACACGACCUGACUAUUGUUUAAAGCCACACAUUUCUAACAUGUUGGAAUAUGGUUGCACAAGAUUGGAAAUUGGAGUUCAAUCAAUUUAUGAAGAUAUUGCACGUGAUACAAACCGUGGUCACACUGUUGCUGCAGUCAAGCGUUGCUUCACACUUGCAAAGGAUCAAGGCUAUAAAAUUGUGGCCCACAUGAUGCCUGAUUUACCAAACUCGGAUAUGGAAAGAGAUAUUCUCGGAUUUAUUGAGUAUUUUGAAAAUCCAGCGUUUAGAACAGACGGUCUCAAACUUUAUCCAACUCUUGUCAUCAGAGGUACUGGUUUAUAUGAAUUGUGGAAGACUGGACAAUAUAAGAAUUAUUCACCAGACUCCCUUGUGGAUUUAGUUGCAAAGAUUUUGUCACUCGUUCCACCUUGGACCAGAGUGUACAGAAUUCAACGUGAUAUUCCAAUGCCACUUGUCACAAGUGGUGUUGAAAAGGGUAACUUGAGAGAAUUGGCUUUGGCAAGAAUGAAAGAUUUGGGAUUAAAAUGUCGUGAUGUCAGAACAAGAGAAGUCGGUAUUCAAUCCAUCCAUACUAAGGUCAUUCCUGAUGAGGUUGAACUUAUUCGAAGAGAUUAUUGCGCCCAAGAUGGUUGGGAAACAUUCCUUGCCUAUGAAGACGCUGCUCAAGAUAUUUUGAUUGGACUUUUACGUUUGAGAAAGUGCACACAAACGGAUACCACCUUCCGUAAGGAACUGAAGAAUGAAAACCUCCAACAAACAAGUAUUGUAAGAGAAUUGCACGUCUAUGGUUCUGUCGUGCCAGUUCGUGCCAGAGAUCCAACCAAAUUCCAACAUAAGGGUUAUGGUACACUUCUCAUGGAAGAAGCAGAACGAAUUGCUCGUGAAGAACAUGGCUCACAAAAGAUUGUUGUCAUCAGUGGAGUUGGUACAAGACAUUAUUAUAGAAAACUGGGUUAUGAACUGGAUGGACCUUACAUGAGUAAGAUGCUUGUUUAA